CCCACCGUGCACCAAAAGCAGCAGCGCAUCGGGCAGCCGGGCUGAGACCCCGGUCGACCCCCCCCCCCCAUAGAAGAUGCCCCACGGCACGAGCGCAGCCGGGGCGCCCCCCCACCAUGAACGGCAGCUCCGAGGAAGCCCGGCUCCCCGCUGCCCACCUUCAGCGCGGCCGCCAAGGUUCGAGUGGCCGUCACCUGCCUGCUCUUCCUCUCGUCCUCCUGCUGCAACGGCGCCGUGCUGUGCGCCGUGAUGCGGGCCAAGCGGCGGCCGCCCCGCGUGCGAGUGCUGAUGGCGCAUCUGGCGGCGGCCGACCUGCUGGUGACGGUGGUGGUGAUGCCGCUGGACGCCGCCUGGAACGUGACGGUGCAGUGGUACGGAGGCGAGGCGGCGUGCAGGGCUCUCAUGUUCCUCAAGUUGGCCGCCAUGUACGCGUCGGCCUUCGUCACCGUGGUCAUCGCCUUGGAUCGGCACGACGCCAUCGUUUGUCCGCUGGGAGCCCGCGGCGCAGCCAGGAGGAGUAGGGCCAUGCUUGGGGCUGCCUGGGGGAUGAGUGCCGUGCUGGCGCUGCCGCAG